AUGGUAGUGUCGGAGCGCUGUAUAGAUGAGCUGGUGUGGAAUGCGUUGGCCAAGUCGAGCCAAACUACAGUGAGAUCUUUCCCUUUCUUUGCCUCACUUAUUAGGUGUGUGAUAGCACUGGUGUGCUCUAUACAGCCGGAGAAACCGGGCACUCCUCCCUUCUGGACCGAAGUGUUUAUGUAUGCGUUGCCUGUCAGGAAAGAUAUGGUGGCAACUGACAUAGCCCACAUGAGGCAGAGAAACCCUGGCCCCCACGCAGGCACACUAAAGGCCAGGGUAAUUACCACAAAGGGGCCAUCCACCUACACUAGCGGGGGAGACCAGCGCCAAUCCUUGAUUGUAGGACUGGCUGACAUGACUGGGGCACCAAAGGCUGUCAUUUAUGACAGUGCCCAGUUCCAGCGGUAUCAAGCGGGGCAGUCAGUAGUGAUCCGAAAUUUCAUCUUGAGAGCAGAUGGGUCAGUAAUUGUCACCCGGAAUUCGAGAACAUUCUCCACCUCCUCCAUCGUUGCAUCGGAUGGAUUCGCAUCUGCAGCCAGUGGUCUCGUUCACCCCCCGGAAGCCCCGUUCAUGAGCCUGGAACAGGCAGCUGCCUUCCCUGCCAAGACACUUGUGUCUGUUAGGGGGCACAUUGUGCAGGAGGACCUGGAAAGAGAGGUCAUGGUUGGGAGUUCCCCGACAAGGGUUAAGGAUAUCACGAUCUCCGACAAUCGUCGGAGAGUGAAACUAACCCUUUGGCGAGAGGCUUGUGAUAUGCCCCACGGUCUUGGAACGUUCAUCCAAGUCACAAAUGCUGUGACCAACGUUCACAGAGGCGACACUUCGCUGUCACUGACCUCAAGAAGCGUUAUCCAGACUGCUGAGGCUCCUUUAGAUGAAAGAGUAGUAACCAUUGAAGGCGUUGGGGGAGACCAGGAAACAAAACAGCUCCUUGCCGAUGAUGGAGAAUGCUACUUGGUAGCAACCGAGGUGUUAAGUGAGGCUCUUCCUGGCGAGGACAUAGACACAUGCAUCGCCCAGAAUGCUCCUGUCACCCUUCGUCUUUUCAUGCGAGGGGCCACAGUUGAGCGGGUUCAUGCAAUGUGA